GUCAUGGUAAUCAAGAUGAAGCCAGGCACCGAUGUGGAGACACACAGCGGUCCGGCCAACAACAUCCUGAACAUCCACCUGGGCAUUUCGGGACUUGAGGGUGCUGAGCUGAAAGUUGCCAAUGAGUCCUACCACUGGGAGGAGGGAAAGGUGAUCUCCUGGGAUGGCA